CCCAGCUCCGCCCACCUACCAAUCACGCCGCUCCACCCACCGGCACCAUCCCGAGAUAUGGCCAGGAUCCAGGACGGUGGCCUCGACAACGACACGCUGCAGCAUCUGCGGAGCCGCGCCACGCAGCUGCUGCUCAAGGAGGACUGGAGGGAGUACGUCGCCGUCUGUUCCCACAUCAUCGACGCCGCCGCCUCCGUCGACGACCGCCGCGUACUCUGCUCCGCGCUAGCGCACCGCGCCGACGCCCGCGCGCGGCUCGGGGAUGCCUCCGCUGGGCUCGCCGACUGCGACGCGGCGAUUGCGGUCGAGCCGGCCCACCCCGGGGCGCUGCUCUCCAAGGGCGCGCUCCUGCGGGGCCUCGGCCGGUACGCCGCCGCGGCUGACUGCUUCCGAGCGGCAGCGCUCGCCUCCGGAGGCGGUGGCGCCGCCGUAGCCGAGGCGCGGCAGCUCGCUGAGCAGUGCAGGCGGCUGGAGGCGCAGGCGAGGAGCGGGGCGGUGGACCUGUCCGAGUGGGUGCUCGCGGGGUUCUCCGGGAAGUUCCCGGAUCUAGCGGAGUACGUCGGGUGCGUGGAGGUGCGCCGGUCCCCGCAUGGCGGCCGAGGGGUUUUCGCGGUGAAGAAUGUCGAGGCGGGGACUACUUUGAUAAUCGCCAAGGCGGUGGCGAUCGGGAGAGGAGUGAUUCCUGAUGCCUCCGGCAGCGACGAGAAGAUGUUCGUAUGGAAGGAUUUUGUCGGGAAGGUGCUCGAAGCUGCUGAGAAAUGUCCGAAGACGGCGGCUUUGAUCUAUACUCUGUCCACCGGCCAGGAGAGGCAGGACGAGCUUGCCGUCCCUGACAUGGCAAUGUUCAGGAAAGAAACAGAGGAUGACAGUCUCAGUGAUGGUACUACCGCGGGGAAGACGACGAGGACACAGGAGGCUGUUCAAAUGGACAGGAUCUUGAAGGUGCUCGAUGUGACCUGCUUGACUGAGGACGCGCCAGCCGCCGAUGUGCUUGGUAACAAUGGCGUCGUCAAUUGCGGCGUGGGGCUCUGGGUCUUGCCGUCGUUCAUCAACCAUUCCUGCCACCCUAAUGCUCGGCGCACUCACAUCGGGGACCAUGCCAUCGUCCACGCGUCCAGGGACAUCAAAGCCGGGGAGGAGAUCACAUUUCCAUACUUUGAUGUGCUUGUGCCGGUGAGCAAGCGCAGGGAGGCAUCGAGAGCUUGGGGGUUCGAAUGCAAGUGUGAUCGGUGCAGGUUUGAAGCCGAGGACUCCAUUCUUGGGCACGAAAUCCUUAAGUUAGAGAACUAUUUGCUCAGUGGAGGAGACAUAGGAGCAGUGGUGAUGCAGCUGGAGGAGAAGAUGAGGAAGUCCAUGGUGAAGGAGAGGCAAAAGGCGUUCUUGCGUGCGUCAUUCUGGAGUGCAUACUCCGCAUUGUAUGAUUCUGAUAAGCUGAUGAAGAAAUGGGGAAGACGAAUUCCAAGCGAGGCCCUUGUAGCAGAGAGUGUUGCUGAUGCGGUCGGCGGAAAUGAGUGCGUGCUGAGAGCAACGCUGAGGGGUUCCAGGGAUGGCAAUGGCUGUGGCAAUCGGCUAGAGGUGGAGGACAAGGUGGUGAGGAUUGGGAGGGCAACCUAUGGCAAGUUGGUGAAGAGGCACGCAAUGAGAGAUCUCUUCAGACUUACACUGGAUGCCGCCAACAAAUUCAACCUUUAGAUUUUGAUACUGUCACUCCUACUUUAUUCCUUGGUUGGGCAACUUCCAAUAGGCUCAUGUUAAUCAAUGAUUAGUAAUUAUUCAGCAAAUAUUCUUGUUUGUUUGACAUUUAUAAGAAGUGGGGUGAGACGGAUUAAAUAUCAUCCAUGAGAGCUUUAUCUUCAUGCUCUCUUGAUUUUGGUUUC